CAAAACGAAAAAAUGAAAUCUGUGGGAGGCACGGUGAUCGUUCUUUCAAGCUUGCUGUGUUUGCUCCUCCUCUUAGCUCUCAUCAAGAUCUUUCAUAAACUAUGGUGGACUCCGAUUCGAAUACAGAAUCUGGUGGCUCUGCAGGGAAUCAAAGGCCCUUCUUACCGAUUCGUCCAUGGAAAUACCAAAGAGAUCUCCAGCAUGCAAGAAGAAGCCAUGAGCAGGCCCAAAAGUUUAUCACAUGACAUAUUUUCUCAAGUUCAACCUCACAUACACUUGUGGACAAAGACAUAUGGAGCAAAUUUCCUUCAAUGGUAUGGUGCUCAAGCCCAAUUGAUCAUCACAGAGCCUGAACUGUGCAAAGAGAUACUUACGAACAAAGAUAAAGCUUAUCCGAAAAGCGAGACGAAAGGCUAUGCGAGAAGGCUAUUAGGAGAUGGACUUGUGGUAAGUGAUGGUGAAAAAUGGGCUAAAAUGAGAAAGUUAGCCAACUAUGCCUUCCACGGAGAGAUCUUAAAGGGUAUGGCUCCAACAAUGAUAGCUAGUGCUGAGACGAUGCUGGAAAAUUGGAAAGAACACGACGGCAAAGAGAUUGAUGUGUUUAAAGAAUUUAGGUUGUACACCUCAGAAGUGAUUUCCAGGACGGCCUUUGGCAGCAGCUACUUAGAAGGGAAGAACAUUUUCGAGAACCUGGAGAAAUUAGCCUACUUAUCAUUCAAAAAUGCGUUCAACCUCAGGUUUCCCGGCAUCAGUAGGUUUAUUAAAUCCAAGGAUGAGAUAGAAUCAGAAAAGCUUGAGAAAAGUAUCCGCGACUCUAUCAUGGAGAUGAUCAGGAAACGAGAAGACAAGGCAAUGGUUGGAGAAGAAGGCAGCUUUGGUGAUGAUUUUCUUGGAGUACUCAUAAAAGCUCAUCAUGACGCCGAUGAGAACCAGAGAACUUCGAUUGAUGAGAUAGUUGACGAGUGCAAGACAUUUUACCUUGGUGGACAAGAAACCACUAGUAGUGGACUUGCUUGGACUGUCUUUCUUCUGGCAAUCCAUACCGAUUGGCAAGAGGAAGCAAGGAAGGAGGUGAUCCAAAUAUUUGGAAAACAAAACCCUAAUCUCGAUGGCAUUGCCAAACUAAAAAUUAUGAAUAUGAUCUUCAACGAGUCGCUAAGGUUAUAUCCACCGGUAGUUGCCAUGGAGAGGAAAAUUGGAAGGGAAGUUAGGCUGGGAAAACAUGUCCUUCCUGCUAAUGUUGAAAUAACCAUUCCAUGCUUAGCCCUUCAGCACGAGCCUCAAAUCUGGGGAAAAGAUGUGCUACUUUUCAAACCGGAGCGAUUCUCGGAAGGUGUUGCUAAAGCUACAAAGAACAACAUAGCCGCAUUCUUACCAUGGGGAUUGGGACCUCGAAGUUGUGUGGGAUCUAAUUUUGCAACCAUGGAAACAAAGAUUGCUCUGUCGAUGAUUCUACAACGCUUCUCUUUCACACUUUCCCCAGCCUACAUCCACUCGCCCUACCGGCUUCUUACAGUGCGGCCGCAACAUGGAGUUCAAGUAAUGCUACGCUCGCUCACAUGAUGAUCAAUUUAUUAACAUUGCGCUUUAGGUUACAAAUAAUGCAAGCUCUGCUUUGAUCUUCAGCCAAAAGGGGAAAUAAGAUUUACAAUGGUGAAUAGCCACUAUAUAUUUUUCUUUUCCUGUUUUGCUUUUGGGGAAUGUAACGAUUAACGAUGAUGGCUUGUUUGGAACACUGUAGAAAGUACUUUGUUUAGAAGCGUGCUUGCUAGAAGUGAUUUUACUAAAUUUCGUAGAAAUUUUAUAAAAAAUCCAAGUGUUCUAUGAAAAAGUAAUUGAAAGUGCUUCUUUAAGAAGCAUGGUAUCUGACGCUUCUCUAGAAAAUGCUUUUAUAUAUGAGCCAGAAAUACAGAAUAAGAUAUCCUUUUCGGAACCCUUCCAUCUGAAUCUUUAUUCCUAUCCAUUCACCCAAAAUCGAACGGUCAAGAAAUAAUUCCUUGUUCAUCUUCUUCCGUCUUUUUCCAUGUUCACUUCUCAUGUUCAUCUUCUUUCCUCUUCUCCAUCUCUUUCUCACAGUCUCUCUCCAGUUUCAGAAUUGAAGAAUCCGAAAGAUCCGAAUGAAUGAAUCCGGAGAGAAUCCAAGUCCUAAAAAUACUUAAUCGAAGGAGUUUUUGUUGUCAUGCUAGUAGGAUAGUAGCAUGUAAAUCAUUUUUCGUUGACCAUUAGUACAAUAGUGGGCCUAAAGCGUUUAAUCGUUCACUGCCAAAAACGAAGUCGUUCUGGCCCAAAGAAUAGUGGGUCUAUAUAAUUCCCCAUACGAACCGGGGAAGGUGUGGUCCAGACUUCAGGCACAGAGACAGAUGUUGCAUUUGCUUUUUGAUUCUUUCAAUGAUAUAUUAUGAAUUAUUAUCAAAGAAAAUUCUUUUUACCAUCUUCCUCCUUCCAACAAUAAUGGGAUGUUGGACAAAAAAAAAAAAAACAAUAAUGAUUGUAAGGACUCGUCUGAAAGUGAUUUUGAAAUGAUUGUAAGAACUUCUUGAAAAAAUAUUUUUGGUUCCAAAAGCAAUUAUAAAUCUAUUUUCAGAAUUUAUUUGUAUUUUUACUGAAAAUUUGAUUUCAAAAACAUUUUUACAAAAUAAUUUUUAACUAUUUUAAAAGCAAUUUCAAACGAACCCAACUAUAGACAGGGAAACAAAAAAAAAAAGUGUAAAUAUAUAAUAAUUAUAUACAAUUAUAUAUAAUGACGAUUUGUCACUGGAGUUUGUUAUUAUAUUAUAUAUGAUAAACUAUGAAUAAAUGAAUUAUGAACGUCGGGAACAAUGGCCGAUUCUUUUCUUUUUAUGGAAUGGACAAAAAUUCGCAUCUAGCUAGCUCGCAGUUUUAACCCUAGAUCUGGAUUAUCAUUAUAUUUAGUGAAAUUCUACUACUUAAUUUUGGCUAAAAUAUGAACUUAAUUAAUGUAAUUAUUAAAGAUUAAUUAAUUAUCAAAGGAUCAAAGUGCAGAAAAAAGAAAAGGAAAGCAUGGAAUUUCACGCUGCCAAGCUUUCACAAAAAUCAGAUUCUACUUUGAAUCAGCUUCUAGCUAGAACAAGAACAAGAGAGAUAACACCAAAAACAAAAAGGAAAAGAAGGUUUAAUGGGGAGAGACAAAAGAUCGAGAAGAAAAUUAAAGUUCUCAAUUCCAUUAAUUCUUGAUAACAAAGCAAAUUACAUGAUAGGUGUAAGCGAUGCAUGCCCAGCAGCAUUACAAACAAACAAAAACCACUUAAUUAAUACAGACUGGCUACCUCGUAUGCAUCUCUUACAUCCCAUGUUUUAUAACAUUAAACAUGCAAAAAAAGAUAAAAAUAAAAAGGA